AUGCAAGAGGUAUGGGUUCCAGAUCCAGACCGAGUUUUCGUGCGGGCUGCUCUCGUGACUGAAAAAACGUUGCGAAACAAACAGAACAAAGAUGAGCAAUGGGCAGUGGUCAAGGUUGACGGCCGGGAAAGUGAGCUGCCAAUUGAAGAGGUGUGUGAUGUGAACCCCAGUACAUUUGAUCGAAUCGAUGAUAUGUCCGAAUUGACGCAUUUGAAUGAGCCUUCAGUCCUUCACAAUUUGGAAAACCGAUAUGCAGAUGACAUUAUUUACACGUAUUCGGGACUGUUCUUGGUUGCAAUCAAUCCGUAUAGUAACAUUCGCAUAUAUUCACAGGACUACAUCAAUCUGUAUCACGGAUCUCCAAAAGAAGACAACAAACCACACAUAUUUGCCAUUGCAGAGCAUGCGUACCAGAAUCUGCUUACCUUGAAGCUGGACCAGUCAAUCUUGGUGACAGGCGAGUCCGGGGCCGGAAAAACUGAAAACACGAAAAAGAUCCUGCAAUAUUUGGCAAGCAUCACAUCUGAAGACAAACUUUCUCCAAAUACUUCACAUGAAAGCUUCGAGCGUAAGAUUCUACAAAGCAACCCUAUCUUGGAAUCAUUUGGAAACGCACAGACGCUGCGAAACAACAAUUCGUCCAGAUUUGGUAAAUUUAUCAAAAUAGAAUUUGAUGAAUUGGGUAAAAUUAAUGGUGCCCAUGUCGACUGGUACCUCCUGGAGAAGUCUCGAGUCGUUGAACAAGGGUCCCAAGAGAGAAAUUACCAUAUUUUUUACCAGAUGUUAUCAGGCAUGAGCGCACAGGAGCUCCGCAAAUUUGGAAUUGAAUCCAGUUCCAUCAGGGACUAUCGGUAUUUACGCGGGUCAAAUGCUAGCAUACCGGGUGUGGAUGAUACCCAAGAUUUUCACGCUCUUUUAGCAUCUUUCAAGGUAAUUGGAUUCACAGAAAAUGAGGUGAAUUCGGCUUUGACAUGCAUAGCCAUCGUGCUUCUCAUCGGUAACAUUGAAUUUGUCUCCGAAAGGGCAGAACAAGCGUCUUUCAAAAAUGGCGUAGAAAACCUCUGCCAACAACUGGGUGUAACGGAGGCCGAUUUCAAAACGGCUGUACUAAGUCCAAAGGCUAAAGCGGGUAAAGAUUGGGUCGUUCAGUCGAAAAAUUCCCAGCAGGCACGAUUCAUCCUGAAUUCCCUAUCCAGGUCUUUAUACGAAAAACUGUUUUCACACGUUGUUCAAAAAAUCAACGACAAUCUUGAUCAUGGUUCUAUGACCGAGAACUACAUUGGUCUUCUUGAUAUAGCAGGAUUCGAAAUUUUCAAGCACAACUCUUUUGAGCAGCUCUGCAUCAAUUAUACUAAUGAAAAGCUACAGCAGUUCUUCAAUCAUCACAUGUUCGUUCUUGAACAGAACGAGUAUAUCAAAGAGAAUGUUCAGUGGAGUUAUGUCGAUUAUGGGAAGGACUUACAAUCAACUAUAGACCUUAUAGAAAGAAAAAGUGCGAAUCCUGGUGUCUUGCCUCUAUUGGAUGAAGAGUCUAUUUUACCCAAAUCUACAGAUGACACAUUCUACUCAAAGCUUAUAUCAUUUUGUGAUGACAAGUCUUCGAAGUUCAAACGUUCCAAAAAGAAUAACUCUUUUAUUUUAAAACACUAUGCGGGCGAAGUUGAAUACAAUGUUGAAGGUUGGCUGUCCAAAAACAAAGAUCCUUUGUCGGCAAACCUGUUGCAGCUCUUAUCAAAUUCAUCCAAUGAGCUGAUAAGGCACUUUUAUGGCAGUGACGAAUCUAGUGCGAGCUCUUUUAAGACAUCCUCCCAUCGCCAUAGAGUUCAGUUGGGCUCACUCUUAGACCGACUUUCUUCUACAGAACCUCACUUUGUCCGCUGUAUUAUACCGAACGAUAAAAAGAAAGCUCACGAUUUCAACAGAAAGCUCAUUUUAGACCAAUUACGGUGCAAUGGUGUACUGGAAGGUAUUCGAAUUGCUCGUGAAGGUUAUCCGAAUCGUAUUUUUUUCAAAGAGUUCUUUCAACGUUACAAGAUUCUAUCUGAUGAAUACCGCUAUUCAAACAACUCCAAGAAAAAUUGUGAAAUAGUUUUGUCUGCUUUACACCUCGAUCCAGCACUAUUCAAGGUGGGGAAUAGCAAACUCUUUUUCAAGGCGGGCGUUCUCGCCGGCUUAGAGACCAAGAAAGAAGAUCGCAUUGCAAGUAUGAUAUCCAAACUUACUGCCAAAAUCAACGGUAACAUAAUAAGAAAACAAACCUCUGAUCAGCUGAGAAAACUGCAGGCUGCUCAAGUACUAAAAGUUGCCUUCACAUCUUAUGACAAGUUAAUGAAAGACCCAUGGUUUAGUUUAUACGUUAAAAUCAAACCUCUAUUGGAUUCCACGCAGGAAAUUUCCAAGACAAAGAAAAUAGCCGAGAACGUCAAGCAACUGGAAGCCGAGUUAAAACGAGUCAAUGAACUGAACGAAAAACUAGGCGUCGAGAAGUCUAGCCUCGCUAAAGAUCUGUCCAGCGUAAAGGAAUUGCUGCAGGUAGAGACUAAAAACCUCGAGGAAAAAGAAACAGCACUGGAACUGAUCAAGAGUAAACAGAAGGAACUUAAUGAUCUGUUCAAGGAAUCGGAGAAAGUGCAACUUGCACUCGCCAAUGAAAAGACAGUUCUCCAAAAAACUUUCGAAAAAUCGCAAGGCGAUUUACAAAGCGCACAAGACGGGUCAACAAAGGCUAAAACUACGUUGCUCACGGUUCAGAAAGAGAAAGAAGACUUGGUCAAAAUAAUCAAUGAUCUUCGAUCGGAAUUGAGUGAGGCAAGGGAUACACAGUCUCGUCUCGAAACGGAAAAAAACAUAUUGAGUCGAGAAAAGGCCGAAAUCGAGAAAUCGCUCUCCUCCAAAGAUUCUAACAUAGCCGAGCUAAAAAUCAAGCUCUCGAAUUCUGAUGUUGAGCUGGAAAGAACCUUACAAAGCUUGGAAAAGAGAUUUCACAGUACUAGCAAAAGAUUGGAGUCCUUAGUGGAAGAGAAUAAGAAUUUGAGAGCAUUGGUGGAAAGAUCAAAAAAAGAGUAUGCGGAAGCCCAAAAUAAUUUGAAGUCAAAAGAAAAAGAGCUUCGGAGGGUCUUCGAACGCACGGAACAGAACCAAACUUUGAUCCAAUCGCUCAACAAGGAAAGAGAUCAGCUUUCUUCAGAACACAGCAGUCUGAUAAGCGGAUCCAAAGACAUUCAAGCAGAGCUUGCAGAGUACAAAAAAAAGUAUCAAGUCUUGGAGCAAACUUAUAAGACUUUGCAAGACGAAUCCAAAUCUUGCGGAGGGUCUGGAUCUUCAGUACCAGCCCAAAAUGAGCGGGAAAGUAAAAGCAUUGAUUCACUGACGGAGCAACUUGCGAGAGAGAAAUCCCUGACGAAGUUCCUGAAUGAAAAACUCCUAGACACUGCAUUAGUUCGCUCAUCCUCGGGCUCAUUCAAUGACAAACGGAAUGCUAAUUCGAUACAAGGAACUGAAGUUUCGGAGGCAUUUGACGAUUUGCAAAUAAAGUUGCGGGAUGCUUCUUACCGUCUCGAGAAAGAGACGAGUCAGAAAAAGGACCUCAUUUCGAAAUUGAGAUUCACUGAGACACGACUGGCAUCGGCAUCUUUUGAAAUUCAAACCAUGUCCUCGCAAUUACGGGCCUUGAAAACUGCACUUGCUAACGGAAACAUGAAAGCCAAUGUGGAAGAGAUCCUAAGCCAAGUUGAACCGGUCGAGCUGAACCAUGAGAAACUCAUACUGGAGGUCGAAUACCUCCGAAGCCAUUUGCACACCGAGAAGCAAGCCAGGCUGGAUGCUGAGAAUGCCGCUUCAGCUUUGCACAGCAAACUAAAGCAAAUACAGAGGUCAGAUUCCUCUUCUGACAUAUUUCGCCUCAAAUAUGAGGCUAGUGAACAAAGGCUCAAAACCUUGGAGUCAAAAUUCAUGUCACAAGCUUUAAGAGACAAGACUAAUCUCAGCAACGGUGAGAUUUUCACACAGCGUGGCGCCGUCGCCAAAUAUGAAGAAGACUUGAGAUUUUUUAAGCUAGAAAAUUACAAGCUCCAGGAUCUUUUGAAUGAAUCAGAGAAACAAACAACUCAUUUUAAAAAAAUCAUAAAGCAGCAUCAAUCUGAAAAAUCGGCUUUAAAGGAUGAGCUUACACAAUUGCGAAAGGAGGUGGAUGUCUCUGAGAGGCGGAAUCAUCUGCUUGCGACCAGUUCUAACAACCACAAGGUACAAUACGAAAACUGCAUUGGCGACCUCCAUGCUACAGAGGAGCAACUCAAAGAGAUGAUUCACUGUUUGAAAGAAUCAGAGGCUGACAUCAAAACUAUGACCACGAUUGUGGAGAGACUGAAAAGUCAAAACAAACAAAAGGAUAGGCAACUGUGGGAAGUGGAGACGCGCAACAAUGAACUUGAAUUAGAAGUCGAAGAGAGAAACAUUGAUGUGACUAAAUUGCAAUCCCGAAUCGAGAUUUUGAAUAAGGACCUUGCUCAUUUCAAGGAUCGAUUUAAAUCUGCUGGAGAUCAAAGCCAGCUACUAAACGAGAUUGAAAAACUCAAACGCGACCUCAGUGUUUCGCUCAGAGCUGAGACAGAACUCAAAAAGGAAAACUCAUCGACAAAUUAUACCUUAGAAACCGCAAGGAUCGACUAUGAAUCAAAAAUUGAGGAUUUACUAAGACAAACCUCGCAUUACGAACAGGUUAUCGGGGCAUUGGUCAAAGAAAGGGAUGCAGCAAUAUCCGUUCGAGAAGAGCUGGAAGCUGCUCUUGCAAGAUUGCAAGGUAAAUUAGACGAUCUUAACACAUCUGUUACAAGUCUGUUGGAAGAGAAGCAUCAAUUGGAAUCUCACCGAGCAAGUUUGAUAGCUAAGUCUGAUGAGGAUAAAACACGCAUUGACAAGUCGGAAGACGAAAAAAAGGCCCUUGAAACUAGACUCCAUUCGCUUGAAGAAGCUUUUAGUCGACAGCAACAGCAGAACGAUCGCAACGAAUCCUUAGUGGGGAAGUUACAAUCCUCCUUCGCAGAAGCAAAGUCGCAAUUAGUGGCCGAGAAAGACAAAAACAUAACACUCCAUGAGGAGAACACGUCUUUAGGCAAGUCAAAUGAUCAACUCAAAUACACAAUAUCGGCGUUAGAAUCAAAGCUCGCUGAUAAAACUGAGCAGGAAGCAUGGCUAUCAAGAGUUCAGGAGCUCGAGGAUCUCGUAGCUCAAGAGUCUGAUGCAAAGUUCGAAGAGAUCAAGAAAACUAAGGCAUUAGAACGUACUGUCGAGGAGCUCAAGUUAAUUAACACAAAACAAGCCGACACCAUUGCCACUGCGAACUCGAAUAGGGAGGAAUAUAAUCGUGAGAUAAUGGAAAAGGUCGAAAGGCUUGGAGUCUUAGAAGACUAUGUGGCGAAACAAGAGGUGGAUGGAAGACGGAUGGAACGUGAUAGAGCCUACCAAGAAGAACAAAUCCUUUAUUUGAAAAAGGAGCUUGACCUGUGGAAAGAAAAAUUCGAUGACGUGUCGAAGAGACGUCAAAGCAUUGACGCCCGCUCAAAUGAAGAGCUGUUCAUAUAG